AUGUUGUUCACACUUUAUGUUGAGUGUAGUGGAUGCAGUAGAUCUACUACUACUACUACUACUACUACUACUACUACUACUACUACUACUACUACUACUACUACUACUACUACUACUACUACUACUACUACUACUACUACUACUACUACUACUACUACUACUACUACUACUACUACUACUACUACUACUACUACUACUACUACUACUACUACUACUACUACUACUACUACUACUACUACUACUACUACUACUACUACUACUACUACUACUACUACUACUACUACUACUACUACUACUACUACUACUACUACUACUACUACUACUACUACUACUACUACUACUACUACUACUACUACUACUACUACUACUACUACUACUACUACUACUACUACUACUACUACUACUACUACUACUACUACUACUACUACUACUACUACUACUACUACUACUACUACUACUACUACUACUACUACUACUACUACUACUACUACUACUACUACUACUACUACUACUACUACUACUACUACUACUACUACUACUACUACUACUACUACUACUACUACUACUACUACUACUACUACUACUACUACUACUACUACUACUACUACUACUACUACUACUACUACUACUACUACUACUACUACUACUACUACUACUACUACUACUACUACUACUACUACUACUACUACUACUACUACUACUACUACUACUACUACUACUACUACUACUACUACUACUACUACUACUACUACUACUACUACUACUACUACUACUACUACUACUACUACUACUACUAAUGUUACUACGGUUUGGGAUUUUCUGAUAUCAAGUAUUAUUGAAUAG